AUGGGCGACGGCCAGCAGAGUGAAAAUCAGCCUUUGCUGAGGGAUGAAGAGGUGAAUGUUAGCACGAUAUCUCCAAUCGGACCUGAUGAGUUACCACCUCCGUACGUGCAAGUAGGGUGGCCCAUGGUAACAUGUCGAGUAUGCCACGAAAUGAUAGACAUCUCUGGAAAAAGAGAACAACAUGUUGUGAAAUGUCCUGCAUGUAAUGAAGCUACGCCAAUUAGGAAUGCCCCACCAGGAAAGAAGUAUGUGCGUUGCCCAUGCAAUUGCCUUUUGAUCUGCAAGUCAUCGUCUCAGCGCAUCGCAUGCCCACGGGCCAACUGCAAGCGUAUUAUCAACCUUGCUCCAUCACCGGUUACACCACCUGUGCCAACACUGCCUGGCAUGUGCAGAGUUGUCUGUGCACAUUGUCAGGACACUUUUCUUUACCAAAUGUUGAAGAAUGCGCCGGUGCGUUGCCCGCAUUGUCGUAAAGUAUCAUCAGUGGGGCAGCGCAUGGCCCGCGUCCGUGGUAUCGUGUUCGCGGUACUCGCGCUAAUAUUCUUCGCGAUCGCGUUGGGAGUGACUCUCGGUACUCUGUCGGCGGCAAAGAGUCACGGUGCUGGUAUAUACGUAGCGUAUGUUGGAGCUUUUCUGGUCGCUUUCUUGCUUGCGAGCCGAGCCGUUUUCUACUUCGCUAUGAAAGUGAGCUAUAUCGAAGGCCCCAUGUAA